GCGUGCUUCCUCUUUGUAAACAUAAAUGUAUUUUAUAUGAUUUUUGUCCGGUUUUGAGUGUUUGUAGAUUUUUUUUAAGUGCCUUAAUCAGUGAUAAAUUAACAUUAUAUUCUUUAAAAGUAUAUGAACUUUCUACGAGAUGGAAAAGUCAGACAAGAAAAAAUAGGAAUGAAUCUGUCGGCUCCUUUGGAUAUUUGAAAAUGUUCAGACGUCACAAGGACACGGAGAGAGUGCUCACAUAUGCAUUAACUUGCUAUCCGCACACCUUUAACAGAAAUACGCACAAUCCAAGAUGAACUACGCGGUGCCGCCCGGCCUCGAGUACCUCACGCAGCUGGACCAAGUGCUCGUCCAGCAACUCUACGAGGUCUUCGAGUUGCUCUCAGGCUGUGAGAUGAACAACAAGUACUUGCUGAAAAACAGUGUAGGCCAGCAGUUCUUGAAAGCAGUGGAAGACACUGAUUGCUGCACCCGACAGUGCUGUGGGCCAAUGCGCAGCUUUGAGAUGCAGCUUCUGGAUAACCAUGAGCAGGAAAUAUUGCACCUCAGUCGACCCCUUGCUUGUAUAAACUGCUGUUGUUCCUGUUGCCUCCAGUCAAUGGAAGUAUCGGCUCCUCCUGGAACUCCGAUCGGCAGCAUACAUCAGGAAUGGAGUAUCUGCACACCUAUAGCAGGCAAAUUUACUGUAAGAAAUGUGUCCGGAGAUGUUGUGUUGAGGAUCCAGGGCCCCGUGUGUGCCAUCAGCUGUGGAGAUGACGUAGAAUUCAAGGUUUUUACUGCUGAUGAAUCUGCACAAAUUGGCUGCAUAACCAAGCAGUGGCGAGGAUGCUGUGCUGAGGCAUUUACAGAUGCUGACAGCUUUGGAGUCACCUUCCCCAUGGAUCUGGAAGUACGCAUGAAGGCUCUCCUCAUUGGCGCCAUGUUCUUGAUUGACUUCAUGUACUUUGAGCGGAAACAGAAUAAUUAAAUACAGUUCUGCCAGUCAUCGGAGACCAUCAUAAGCUGACUAAUCUGGAGAAGUGAUUGCAAGUGACUAGAUAUUCUCUGAGUUGAUACAGUACAAUGUAGUACUUAUAUUUUAAUUAUUUCAAGGGAUAUAUGUUAUACUGCAUUUAUAUACUUUCAAUAUGGCAUUGUGUUUAUGCCAUUUAUUUUUUUUUUUCAAAGAA